AAAGGGCGAGAAAUCGCAUGCGAAGAUGAGCAUUAACCUCCUCCGCGGCGGCGGCGGCGGCGGCGGCCAGGGAGCUGCGGUGGCUCGUCGGCUUCUCCUCCGACAUCUCACCCGUUCCCCCGCUCCCGAGUCCCUAUCGAGGCCUUUUGUUCGAUCGCGCCUCUUCUCUAAUGGGCUCAAGGAAUCCCCUGUUGCUCCAUCUCUCUCCGUUCCCUCAUCUCGGGCCUCUUCUACGACGACGAGGAAUGCGUUCGUGACGUGGUACUUGGGUAGGAUCGAAGCCCGCCCUGUCCUGACCAAGAGCUUGACCGCGGGUGCUAUCUUCGUCGCCGCCGAUAUCUCUUCUCAGAUGAUCACCCUUGAGUCCUCAGAUUCUCUUGAUUUGAUAAGGACAAUUCGUAUGGCUAGUUAUGGGAUGGUACUUUCUGGACCCUCAUUGCACUUAUGGUUCAAUUUUGUGGCAAGGAUAAUACCAAAGCGUGAUCUGAUUAGCACUUUGAAGAAAUUGUUUAUUGGUCAAACUGUCUAUGGACCGAUAAUGACAUCAAUAUUCUUCUCUUCAAAUGCAGCGGCACAAGGUGAAACCUCUGCUGAGAUCUAUGCCAGAUUGAAGAGAGAUUUGAUUCCUACACUGAAAAGUGGUCUUAUAUACUGGCCUUUUUGUGAUUUCAUCACAUUCAAAUUCAUUCCUGUCCGUCUACAGCCGUUGGUGAGUAAUUCAUUCUCAUUCCUGUGGACCAUUUACAUCACAUACAUGGCAAGUUUAGAGAAAGCAAUUGUGGAGGAGAAAUCUAAUGACUGAAUUAACGUCUAGCAUCCUUGGAUUGGCUUCCCAGUUUCUUGAGUCGUGCACUUGGCACUGACAAGAACUGAAGCAUGCCAAGCAUCACCAAGUUAGCUCACCACCUCUAUUUAUGAGAAAUUAUAAGAAAGUCCACUGCUUAGAACGGAAUCCUACUCUUGAUCGCUGGUUGAUCAUCGUUCACUGAAAAUGGGGAAUGUUUCAACUUAGUUCAGCAAGAAUUCUAGGCUCUUUAUCACCACUAGAAAUUCUAGGUGCUGGUCUGUAGCUACUUUAAUGGAUUUCAGGAUGCUUCUUUUUGCUGUAAUAUGGUUCUGUUUUUUUUAUAUGUAUUUCAUUCACUUGGGACGUCAAUUGAGAUUUUUGGUACUCUU